CUGGACGAGCCCCUAACUGUGCUUCUGCUUGCUCCCUUUUUUUGCCGAAUAAUCAAACCGACAUGGCAACAGACAAGCAGAACGCAGACGCAACACUCAAAGCAGCCACUCCAACACCAGAACCUGCUCCGGCACCGGCACCAUCCACGGCUCCAGCAGCACCAGCCAAAUCUCCUGCACCUCCGAGCAAGGCUCCUGCACCUCCGAAGCCAGAAAUCAAAAUAGAUCCUGCACUCUUGAGGGAGUUCAGCACAGAUCAAAUUGAAGACUUCAAAGAGGCCUUCCUGCUGUUUGCUAAGACGUCUGCAGGGGAGAUCUCGUUUGGUCAGUGCGGGGAUGUGAUGAGGGCCCUGGGUCAGAACCCAACCAACGCGCAGGUGCUGGAAGUGCUGGGCAUGCCGAAAGCUGAGGACAUGGACUCCAAGAUGAUGAACUUUGAGACAUUCCUGUCCAUGUUUCACAAAGUCUCACAGACUGUAGAGAAGGGCACGUAUGAGGACUUUGUGGAAGGGCUUCGUGUCUUCGACAAGCAAGGCGACGGAACAGUGAUGGGUGCUGAACUUCGCCAUGUUCUUGCUACACUCGGUGAGAGACUGACCAUUGGAGAAGUGGAGCAGCUCAUGGUGGGGCAGGAGGACAUGAAUGGCUACAUCAACUGUGAAGAUUUUAUUAAACACAUCAUGACGAAUCAGUGAUUCAGAUUCCUGAGAGUACCGACAGCAGCUGCCUGUGAACAAGUGUGACUGUCAUCCAGCGUCACAGAGUUACUGAAGCUUUACAAAUCUAAUCAGUUCUGGGUAAUCAGCGGAUGCCCUACAUGUCUCGGCCCUUCUGGGUUGUUAAAUGUCCAUGAUUGAAAUGUCGAAUUAGAAUUAAAUUUCACUUUGUUUUCAAACUC